AUGGUACUCCAUUCUGGACGCGACUUUUUUCGCAGUAUCGUGCACAACUUUGGAUGGCAUUUUGCUAUUUUGCUCGUAUCGGUUUAUACCUGUUUAAAGGGUUUCAUCUUUCAAAUGGCCACAAGCGCAAUGCUUCCGUAUUUCAAAAAUCUCGGCGUCACUGGAGACAAAUACCAGAGCUAUGGUACCGUCGCCCAGACCCCCUGGGCACUCAAAGCAGCAAUCGGUCUGCUCUCCGAUACCGUCCCGUUCUAUGGCUAUCACAAGACUUCAUACAUCCUUCUUGUCUCCGUCUUCGGCACAAUCUGCCUAGGCGUCCUUGGCAGCGUCCAGUUUACUCCAUACCUCGCACCUCUAGCUGCCCUUCUCUUGCUUUUGGCUCAUCUCCAACUCGCUGUCGUGGAUCUCCUAUGUGAGGGAAAGUAUGCAGAGAUGAUGGUCAGCAAGCCUGAGAGCGGCAGCGACCUCGUCACAUAUGUCUGGGGACUAUACAUGGCAGGAACCUUUCUAGGCUCUUUGAUCGCCGGCCCCAUGGCCGAUCAUGUCAACCCGCGUUACAUCUUUUUGGUAUGCCUCCCGCUCGCGGCCCAGGUUAUUCUACCCGUAGCCGCAGGCUGGCUCCCAGAGACUUCCCUUCCACCAGGUCAGCGAGGCAUACGAAGGGAUAAAAUCAAUGCUCACCCAGAUCUGUUUAAGCUCUCAGUGCUGAUGACAGCAGGCGCUUUGGUCGUCGGCGGUGCAGCGCUGUUUGGUACCGGAAAGUCCCAGUCUAUCCUUUCAUUAAUAACUGCUUUCAUACUUUGUGUCUAUGGCAUGAGGUGGCUUCCGCCCAUGCUCAAGCAGGCAAACUUGUUCAUGUUUCUGAGUAGUAUGCUUUAUGUGUCUUUGCCUGGAGCUCUGGAUUACUGGUUUACCGGGAGCGACACAUGCGUGCCAAACGGGCCUCACUUCUCGUUUACCUAUUACGUCACCUAUGCAUCGCUCGUCGGCAGCUUGGCAGGUGGGAUAGGAGUUGCCGCAUUUCAAAGAUUCCUAAGCCGUGGAAAUUUUCGAACUGCCUUUUGGACAACGUGUUUGGUCAAGCUAGCAGCUUCGUUUUUUGACAUAUUCAUUGUUAAGCGAUACAACCUUCGGUUUGGUAUCCCAGACAAAGUUGCCUUUAUGCUAGGUGAUGCUGUUCUCUUUCAAGUGGCUUAUACACUUAACUUCAUGCCCGCGGUUGUACUGACUUCCAAGGUUUGUCCGAAAGGAAUGGAGGCCAGCGUGUAUGCGCUCUUAGCGUCUUAUCAAAAUCUGGGAUCCAAUGUAUCACGGACAGUCGGUGUCGCGCUAAUCGAUUAUCUUGGAAUCAAGACGACGGCUCCCUGUAAUUUCACGAACCUUCCCAUGGCCAUUUUUAUCGCCCAUGUGUCUCUUCCCCUGCUUGUGUUUCCAUUAGUUUUUGUGUUGAUACCGGACGCCAAGAUGACAGACAACCUCCUCAGAGAAGAAAGGGGGCGAACAGAACACGGAUCGGAGUUUACACGUCUUCCAUCUCAAGACGUUGAGAACCUGGUUGAACAUGACGAAUUCUUACUAAAUUCUCCCCAAACACGUCAAGAUUCUCAACCUGUUGAGAUAAAAGUCUUGGACUUCGAGUAUCCUGAGGAAAUUGAAGAUCAAGAAGAACAGAACAUAGCAAGCAGUGAGCCUCAAUCCAUCAUGUCUAAUAGGCUUAACUUUAAGGACCGUUGCGGCUAG